AUGCCGAUCGCAGGGAGGGUUUUCCGGCGGCUUGUAGAGGAGUUAAGAGCGAUUAAAUCCAAUCCCUCCGACGAUUUUGACUGCCGCAUGCUCGAGCGGAACCCAUAUGAAUGGCAAUUUGGAAUCAGAGGCGCUAGUGGAACUGAAUUCGAGGGUGGGAUUUAUCAUGGCCGGAUGCAGUUUCCGAAGGAGUACCCAUCGAAGCCUCCUUCAUUCACGCUUUUGACGGAAAAUGGUCGCUUCAAAACCCACAAGAAGAUCAGGAUAAGGCGACUGAAUGAUUGGCAGCCAUCAUGGGGGGUGCGAGAUGGUUUAGAUGCACUUAUCGAUGAAAUGCCCACCUACCCAGAUGAUGAAUUGGGUUCAGUAGAAUACAAUAAGGAAGAAAGGCGUGAUCUGGCCAUCAAAUCUCGUGCAGCAGCCCCAAAAUACGGCACUUCUGAACGUCGGAAGUUAAUUGAUGAGAUUCAUAAAUAUCUGCUAAGCAAGUCACCACCUGUUCCUGUUCCUCAACUGAGCCCCUCACGGGCCUCCAACGGCACAGGCGGCAGCUAUGUCGUCAGUGGGAAUACAUUUCAUGCUACCAAUUCCAACGGGGUAGGAAUUUUGGAUUCUAUGAAUGCCUUCUCCGACGAAGGCCACAAGCUUUUACCUUCUUGGCUAAAACUUUUUAGGUGGAGAAAGCAAAACUAGACGUCUGUAAACACGACCAAGAGUGAUGAACUGAGGUGAUAAAGUCUGUAGCGUAGCUUCUGUCCUGUAGCUGUAGUACUAUUGAAAUUGAAAAUGUGCAUUCUAGUUUAAUGAAUAUUCUUGUUUAUUCUUCUUUCAUAUCAAGUUAAAACCUCUUUGCUUCUAGUUAAUGAAUACCCAAGGCCUUAUUUC